AUGUCGAACUCGGAGAUGGGUAUCGACAACACGCGCCGCAACAUCAGGCCUCGGCCCUUGACUGACGAGGAGCACGAGCGUCUCAAAGAAUUCGCCCAAGAUAUUCAUUAUUCGGCACGAUACUCUGACGACGAGUACGAAUACAGACACGUCCAGCUGCCAAAGGCCAUGCUCAAGGCUAUCCCGAAAGAGUACCACGACAGCUCCAAGGGUACCCUCAAGCUAUUGUGGGAAGAUGAAUGGCGAGCCAUGGGCAUAACCCAGAGCCUUGGUUGGGAGCACUAUGAGGUCCACGAGCCAGAGCCGCACAUUCUUCUAUUCAAGCGCCCACUGAACUACCAGCCGCCACAGUGA